AAGACGUCGUAUUGUUUUUAUUUUCUCUCUGUUUCAGUGUGAAAGCACUAUCAUGUGGAAGUCGUACAAUGUAGUAUUUUUAUUAUAAUUCAUUGUAGUUUUGCCUCCCCGGUCAGAUAUAUGGGUAUUUCCAGCGGUUGAACUUCUGCUAGCAGUUUUCUAGAAACAAACAUGGCGGGAGUGAUUCGGAGGCUCGAUGAAACUGUUGUCAACAGGAUCGCAGCGGGAGAAGUUAUCCAGCGUCCUGCCAACGCCGUUAAAGAAUUGAUCGAAAACUGUUUGGACGCAAAAGCCACCAACAUCCAGGUGACGGUGAAGGACGGAGGCCUGAAGCUCCUUCAGAUCCAGGACAAUGGUACCGGGAUCAGAAAAGAAGACAUGGAGAUUGUUUGUGAGCGGUUCACCACCAGCAAACUGCAGACCUUUGAGGACCUUUCAGCGAUUGCAACCUACGGGUUCAGAGGAGAGGCUCUUGCCAGUAUAAGCCAUGUGGCUCAUGUUACCAUAACAACCAAGACAGCUGAUGCAAAGUGUGCUUACAGAGCGAGCUACAGCGAUGGCAAACUGAAGGGCCCUCCUAAGCCCUGCGCUGGGAAUCAGGGGACCCAGAUCCUGGUGGAGGACCUUUUCUAUAAUGUGUCCACCAGAAGGAAGGCCCUGAAGAGCCCGGCAGAUGAAUACUCCAGGAUUGUGGACGUGGUCAGCAGGUACGCUAUUCACAAUUCAGGAAGAAGCUUCUCAGUCAAAAAGCAAGGAGAGACGGUGGCGGACGUGAGGACGCUUCCUAACGCGUCCGUCGUGGACAACAUCCGCAGCGUCUUCGGAAACCCGGUCAGCAGGGAGCUGAUCGAAGUCGGCUGCCAGGACCAGAAGCUGGCCUUCACCCUGAAGGGCUUCGUCUCCAACGCCAACUACUCCAUGAAGCGAUGCAUCCUGGUUCUGUUCAUUAACCACCGGCUGGUGGAGUCCAGCGCUCUGAAGAAAGCCGUGGAAACGGUUUACGCAGCCUACCUCCCCAAAAACUCACACCCCUUCCUCUACCUCAGCCUGGAAAUCGCUCCGCAGAACGUCGACGUGAACGUUCACCCCACCAAACACGAAGUGCACUUCCUGCAUGAGGACAGUGUGAUGGAGAGCGUUCAGAAGCACAUCGAGAGCAAACUGCUGGGCUCCAACUCGUCCCGGACGUACUUCACUCAGACGUUGCUGCCGGAGCUGUCUGUGUCCGGCGGUUCUGAAGUAAAACCCUCUGGAUCCUCUGAGUCCGCCGAGCGCGUCUACGCCCAUCAGAUGGUCCGGACCGACUGCCGCGCCCAGAAACUGGACGCCUUCCUGCAGCCAAAGGAGAAGCCAGCCCCUGACCCAGAGACGGCCGGUCCCAGCGGGUCGCCAGUGGCAACCAGGACAACUGAGCUGGACAGUCUGGAGCUGGAUGACGCAGACAUGCUGGAGGUUGCGCUGCAAGAACCUGGUCCAGCAGGUGAAGAGGAACGCAGCGGCGCUGCCGAGGAGGCUCAGAGGAAGCGUCCCAGAGAGAAGGAGGAUGAAAAAGAGGAGGAUGAAAAAGAGGAGGAUGAGGGGUUGACGGCUGCUGCCACACCCAAGAGAAGGGUGAUCAAACUGACCAGCAUCAAGGAUCUGAGAGCAGAGAUCACAGAGAACACACACAGAGGUCUGCAGGAGAUGCUGCAGAAACACUCGUUCGUUGGCUGCGUGGAUCCGCAGUGGAGUCUGAUCCAGCAUCACACUAAGCUCUACCUGCUCAACACAACCACACUCAGUCGGGAGCUUUUCUACCAAAUUCUCAUCUUUGACUUUGGGAACUUUGGCGUCCUCAGACUGUCUACUCCGGCACCGCUGUACGAACUGGCCAUGCUGGCGCUGGACUCGGCGGAGAGCGGCUGGACGGAGGAAGACGGGCCGAAGGAGGGCCUGGCUCAGUACAUCGUGGACUUCCUGAAGAAGAAGGCAGAAAUGCUGGAGGAUUAUUUCUCCAUGGAGAUCGAUCAGGAGGGAAACCUGACGGGGCUGCCUCUGCUCCUGGAUAAAUACACGCCCAUCAUGGAAGGCCUGCCCUUGUUCAUCCUGCGCCUCGCCACCGAGGUGAACUGGGACAAUGAGAAGGAAUGCUUCAGAGACUUCAGCAAGGAGUGCAGCGCCUUCUACUCCAUCAGGAAGCAGUUCGUCCUGGAGGCCGAGCCGGGCGACGAGCCGGAAUCAGACGGGAAUUCCUGGCGCUGGAAUGUGGAACACGUUCUGUUCAAAGCUUUACGAACUCUCUUCAGUCCCCCGAAAAGCUUCAGCGAGGACGGCACCGUGCUGCAGAUCGCCAACCUGCCCGACCUCUACAAGGUGUUUGAGCGCUGCUGAAGACCCAGAUGCUGCUGCUGCUCUUUUAUACUUGAAUCUUUUCUUCUGUAAAUACAUUUAUACCAAACUAAACACAAGACUGAGCUGCUUGGAGGAGUUAAAUGGAAGCCUGUCAAGUAUGGAUGCGAACAAUUAAUCGAUUUAUGUUUAUGUCGUAAGUCUUGAUGAUUUACUAGAUUAAAAUGAGUUCCUACUUUUUAAUGUAGUUUGGUCACCAUCCAGCAGAGGGCGCUGCUGGUCAGAUUUACUCAGCCUCAGACUGUGUUGAUUGGGGGAACCUAUUGUUAUGCACCUAUUACCGUUAGUGUGGCUUGAACCGCUGAAUGCACCCCUACAAAAGUGGUAUCAAAACGUGUGGCUUGGUCACGGCAUUGGAACUUUUACUUCUGGUAGGAUUCUAAGUUAACAUGGCGACAAAAAAGCAAAAAACGCUUUUUGCACUAAGGACCUCGCCAGCUACUCCAUUGUUGUGUAUGGGAACAGACUGGAUGAGACAUCAUAGCUGCCAGUUGAUGCUGCCAGCAGCAGCAACAGCUUACAGUCCUUCCAGUGUGUGACUCGUGAUUGAUUGAGAGAGGAGGAGGAGAAGGAGGAGGGAGGAAGAAGGACAGCAGAACUGUGACGGUAGAGAACGGAGAGUGAGACGAGCGACAAGAAGUGAAGAAAACUCUCAACGGAGUUAAAAACUGGCCAAAAUACGGAGGAGGAGGAAAUUCGUGAGACUUGGAGGAGCUUGGUCGCCGCGAGAGGGACGGGACCAGAGGAACUAGACCAAGUAGUCCUGACGAGUUUUGACCUAAGCUAAGCUGAGCUAAUCGUUCAGUUCAACUUCAGCUGCGUUCAACGGAGGACCAGUGAACACUCUCAAUGUUUCUCAGUCUGUGAGGGGUGAGGUGGGGCACAAAGCCUAAAUCUUAUUGGUCAGUUUGCUUUUGUUUAUUUCACAUUUUGGCGUUUUUCUGUAAGAUAAACAUGAGUGAAUGGAGUUUGAACCUCCUGUAGUCCUAAGAUCCCACCUGAGCUUUAUACAGUGCGCGUUUCUGACGGGUCGCCGGUUUAUUAGCCUUUCUGUAGUUUCCCAAACUGAACAGCUGACAGGUCACCGCUGGCUGACACCAGCAGAUGUCGAAAAAAGGUCCAACAGAUCGGAGGGUAGCACAAAACUGUCACUGCACCUGACCUGCAAGAGCACAACCAGCUCCCCACUGUGCAGAAAUCAGCACAAACCUAAACCACAAGAGCAGCGGACAUUGUUUUAUUUUUUCAGCCGAUGCUAAAUAAUAAAGACCUGGAAGCAGAGCCUAAAUACCCUUGUGGUUCACGGAAAGAGGAGAGUGUUGAUCGCAGGUCCAGGUGGUGUCAGACGUCCAGAGGACCAGAAGGUGAAGCAACAAUAUUUGAUUAAUUUCUACUCUACUUUGGCUAGAUUAAAUUAAACUAGAUUAAAUUGUUUAACCCGCAGUCUUAACGUGAGGAAGAGCAGCAGAUGUCAGCCGACAGGUGACCCAUCAGCUCUCCAGUUCAGGAAACAUCAAAGAAGCUCCUAAACCGACGACCCACCAGAACCGACACGGUAAAAAGCUCCACCAGGAUCCAAACGGCUCUUAGAACUGCAGGAGGUUCAAACUCCUGUCAUUCAUUUUUAUCAGAAAAAGCGCCAAGCCACCAACUAAACAAAAGCAAACUGACCAAUAAGAUUGAGACUUUGGGUUCUCACCCUCAUGCUUGUACGUAGCAUCUUGUGAUGUUUUGGCACCAAAGAUUUUUUUUUCUCUACAAUUUUGUUAAUAGUAAAGAAGGUUAAAUAAUAAAAACUCCAGAAAUGAUUCUUUUCAUUUUUUACUUAAAGGAAGAUCUCAAGGUUCACAGAGUGUGUGCUGCAGGCGCUGCUGCCCUUCGAUAAAAUCCUGCAGGCGUCUGCGCAGUUCUGAACUUUAAUCGUAGGAAAGAGUAUUACAUAAAAAGCAAUUUAUUUUAAACGUCUUUAUCAUUUCCUUUUUUCAAACUCUAAAUAUAAACAAAUGUUAUUACUUCAGUGUAAAAAGAUUAAAUUA